UAUAUUGUAUCCAGACUCGACUGCCUCGGUCACACAACUGUCACGUCAAUACUGCAGUAGCCCGUUCCAGCCGCAUUGACGAGUCACAACAUCACAUGCAAGCCUCCAAAGUCUGUUUCGCCCCUCUGUCGCUUCUCCAAAAUGCUCCAUGUAAAUACACAAGGGAUCGAUCAUAUCUGCUCGGAAAGCAGCAAGCUUCGGAGUUGCUUAGAGCAGCUGAAGUUCAAGACUGAGCCAGAAAAUACUGUACAUAACUGAGAUGUUUAGCAGAAGUACUCCCCUGGCUAAAUUUACUGAAUCCCUUCCGUCGACCUAAAUCAAGCUUUUAGCUAUGUCAGGGAGGCUUGACAGCCCUAAACAAAACGAUUACUGUGAAUGCAAACUUCUUUAGCUACAGCUAUUGUAGGGUUGAGGCUUGAAGCGGUGAACAGCAAUUGAGGUCCAAUUGGCAAGGCUUGAAAAGAUAUAUCACAGAGUUCAAGGCAAGUCUGCACGAGUGCCGAGAUCGGGUCGAGGUCUUGGAUUCAACAUCAAAUGGAUCCCAUUGACACUUUUCGCGCAUGGCCGACUCGUCAAUCAACACAGGAUCGCAGAAUACACAAAAGAUAAGCAGCAGCAAUUUCAUUUGCGCGUCUCAAAAAACUGUACGAGUACGUCUCCCCGACGUAUCUCAGGUAAGAUAUGGGAGACAACCGAUUGGAUGCUUGCGUUGCAUCUUCUCUCAUCCCACUUUGAGCUCUCCACAUGUAAACGAUCAACGAGCGCUACUGGAUAGAGUUUAUCUAUCUCCCUUUGUCGCAUACGAAACCUGGCGCCGAUAAAGCAAAGCUUCUAAAAUAGCUAGUUGCAAACGUACGGAAGGGAUAGAAGUAUAUCCGUCUAUUCUACUGUAGACGGAAAGAUGGGGGUUUUCGUCAUAGGCUUGUAGUCUCUGAAGCCAGUACUUAAACGUGCGAGACCCCCACGCAGAUUGGGAACUGUACCCCCAUCUCAGGCUUGUAAUUCUUAGAGAGUAUAUCUUCAUAUUCAAAAUUUAUUCCGAUUUGUUUUGUGAAAGUAUUACCAACACAAUGGGUUCUAUCACUCCCAUUCCUUACAACCUCGGUCCGCUCCCACCAUAUCCCCUCCACCACUCCAUCAAAGACAAACUAGAUCCCGUCUACCGUGCUUUCUACGAUGAGCAUAUUUCUGAUAAGCAGCAAGUACAUUUACAGCCUGUUGAAGCGUCGAGGACCUCCGGUGUGCUGAUUCCUGGAGGAGGAAAAUUGUUGAAGGUAGGUAGUACAAAGGAUUACAGUGUGAGGAGGAGAGAGAGUGAUGGGCCGGAUGUAAUGGUUAGAGUGUUUACUCCAGAGGGAGAGAGGUCGGAGAAAGGGUGGCCUGUUGUGGUAUACUAUCAUGGAGGAGGUUGGGUUCUAGGCAAUAUCGAUACCGAGAACGUUGUCUGUACGAAUCUGUGCAAAAAAGCGAACUGUAUAGUCAUCUCGGUAGAUUAUAGACUAGCCCCCGAAAACCCUUACCCCGCAGCAGUCCAUGACUCCUGGGAAGUUCUCCUAUGGCUCAAAUCCACAGCUGCAUCCCUCUUCUCCCUCGACCUCUCCAAAGUUGCCAUUGGUGGUUCUUCAGCAGGUGGGAACCUCGCUGCAGUCAUGUGCCACAAAGCACUCUCUGCGCCAUCGAUCGUUCCGAGGUUUCUGGUGCAAUUGCUUAUUGUGCCGGUGACGGAUAACACGGCGGAUGUGAAGAGUACGGCGUCGUGGAGGGAGAAUGAGUUUACACCUGCGCUGCCGGCGUUGAAGAUGUUGUGGUACAGAAAUCAUUACCUCCCCGACCCCGAGACAUGGGCAGACCCAGAAGCCAGUCCUCUUUUAUACCAAUUCGAAUGGGAGGAGCAGCCUAAAGCAUUGGUUGUAGUGGGUGAGCUGGAUGUGUUGAGGAGUGAAGGCGUGGCUUAUGCAGAAAAGUUGACGAAGGCUGGCGUGCAUGCAGAUUUGAAGGUCAUGAAGGGAAUGCCGCAUCCAUUUCUGGCUAUGGACGGUGUGUUGCAGCAGGGGAGGGAUACGAUCACGUAUAUGGUUGAGGCGCUGAAGGAUGCUUUUGCUUAGAGGGGUUGUAUAGUGUAACAGGAGUAAGCGGGUAGGAAUGGGUUAGUUGUUAGGCUCGGUGGUUUGCCUGUAGACUUAUAUGACUGGCAUUCAGUGGCGCUACGAAACCAUGAUAGAUGUUCUCGAGAAAGUUUAAAUUGUUAGAGAAUAGAUGCAUGCAUCAAUAGAAGUCCGUUCAAGGACCGAGUAGGAG